AAAUAAUUUAUGCUUAAAUCGAUUCUAAGAAUUUCAUACAAGAUUGGAAUAAAUUCAUGUACUCUUUUAUAAUAAAUAAGAAUUACAGUAGUUACCUGUUUAUUCAUCAGCCAUUUAAGCCUUAUUUUAGAAUGAGUAUGCUCAAGCUCAAGAAUAUUUAUUUUAAUUGAAAUAAUAAGUAGAAAGCUUGCAGGACCCCAAUGCAUCCCAAGAAGUUUUGGAUUUAUUUGUCCAAUUAUACAAGCAAACUAAAAAUUAUAAAGAUUUAAUAUCCAUCUAAGAGGAACAAUUUUUUACUUAUUUGUCAAUGAAUUCUAUUUAUAACGAGGAUAAUUCAGAAUCCUUAAAAGAGUUGUUUAGAUCUUAUAUUGAAUACGAUCCAAAGCGAGGCCAAGCCAUGCUAUCAUUUUUAUAAGAGAAAGUUGAUGAGAUUAUCCCACUUGGAUUUUAGAAGGAAUUUUACACAUAUGCAGGAGUAAAAUUUGAGAAUACCUUUAGACUUUAGAAUUGUUAAAUAAAAAUUAUGAAAAUUCCUAGAAAUUGUUGGCAUCUGCAUAGGAUUCAGGAGCAAAGGGGAGUUUGGCAGGUAUACAUUAUUACUAAUUUAUAGGAAUGUGUUUGAACAAUUAAGUAAUUUUAUCCGAACUCAAUUUGGAAGGGGAAAUUAAGAAAUUGAAAGGCGAUUUUGAUGCCUUCUGUUAAUAGAAUAUUAAGAAUCUGUUAGAUGCAAUCAUAGCCUUCGAAUUGACUACAGUAGAAGAGAAUAAAAAAGAGCUUUAUUAUUUAUAUAAAUUAAUCGAGUAAACUGAGGUAAUUAUUAGAUCUAAAAUAGACAUACAUUGAUAAAAAAGAGAUUAAUGCAAUAAUCAAUGGAACUUAGAUUGUAAAUCCCAAUUCUUAUUCAGUAAUAUUUAAUCUGAUUGAUUUGUUAAUUAAUCACUAAUAUCCAGAUGUAAUAAUUAAUCAUUAAGUUGUCAAAGAAAGCCACUGCAUGGAUUAAAGUUGUUUUUAAGAAUAAAACACAGAGUCCAAAUUUACACAUUAUGAAUUUUGGAAGAUCCUUAUUGCAAUAUGCCAAGAUUUCUAUGAUUGACAAUAAAGUCAAUUAGGCUGAAACAGUUCUACUUGACUUCUUGAACUCCUAACAACCUAGACUGUCGUUUUUAUAGAUGAUGGGAUUAACACAAUAUAGCCUUCUAUUAAAGACAGAGAAUAGAUAGUUUGAGGCAGAUUGUAUAUAAAAUAUUUUAUGAAUUAGAAUAUGAGAAAUAGGCAUUAAAUAUUUCAUCUAAGAUUAGUCCCACAUCAUAUAUUAGAGAGUAAAUUAUAUUAUUAUGA